CUUCUUCCCCCACUUCCUUUUAUGAAAAGAGUGGAAAUUGCCCUCUCAUGAAACCAUACACUGCAUGACGACGACGUUCAACUUUCUUUAUUUCCAUCACAUUCUUCUCAAACUUUGUCCUCGACCCGUUUCAUUUAUAACCCCCAUUUGAAGUUCUUGUUUUUGGCCCUUCUUCACAUUUUGAUCGGUUCUGAGGCAUCCUUUGGAUUUCAAAUUUUGUGGGUUACUCUGCUUUUCCUCAUGCCUACUCUCAUUAAUUACAGUGGGGAUGAUGAAUUUUACUCUGGGAGUUCAUUUUACCCGAGUUCUAUGGUGAAUUUGAGCUGUAUUCUGCCAUUUUCUUCUCGUGUGGAUGUGCAUUUUCAGCCGACAAAAAGGGUUCGCACCAGUUUUCGAGUUGCAUUUGAGAGAAGGGGUUAUGAGCAAGGGGCUGAAAGACUUUGUAUUGAUGAUCUUCCUGAUGAAUGCCUCUUUGAAAUCUUUAGACGCCUCCAAAGUGGGAAAGCAAAGAGCUCUUGUGGGUGCGUCUCUAGGCGGUGGCUUAUGCUUCUAAGCAACAUCCGUGGGGCUGAAACUUGUAACAACUCAUUUGGGUCCUUAAAGAAUCAACAUCAGUGUCCUGUUUCUGAUAACAUUGAAAUUAGCGGUGGUUGUGACGACCAAGAACUUGAAAAUAAUGGAUAUCUUACCAGAACUUUGGAGGGAAAGAAAGCAACGGAUACAAGACUGGCUGCUAUUGCUGUAGGAACUAGUAGCCAUGGGGGAUUAGGGAAGCUCUCUAUUAGAGGGAUGAACUCUUGCUGUAGAGUUACUAAUGUUGGUCUUAUAUCGAUAGCCCGUGGUUGCCCCUUGCUCCGAGCUCUCUCUCUCUGGAAUGUUGCUUUGAUCGGCAACGAGGGCCUGUCGGAAAUAGGUGAAGAAUGCCAUUUUUUAGAGAAGCUUGAUCUUUGUCAAUGCCCUUUGAUCUCCAACAGGGGUUUGAUUGCAAUAGCUGAAGGAUGUCCCAAUUUGACUGUUUUGAGUAUUGAAUCUUGUCCAAACAUUGGGAAUGAGGGUCUGCAAGCUAUUGGAAGAUCAUGUCCUAAGCUGCAGUCCAUCUCUAUAAAGGAUUGCCUGCUUGUCACGGAUCGUGGGGUUUCGAGUUUAAUCUCAUCUGUUUCUUCUUCUUUGAAUAAAGUGAAGCUUCAGGCCUUGAACAUUACUGACUGUUCUCUUGCUGUGAUUGGACGUUAUGGCAUGUUUAUCACCCAUCUGACCCUCAGCAGCCUCCAAAAUGUGAGUGAGAAGGGAUUUUGGGUGAUGGGAAAUGCUCAAGCUCUGAAGCAAUUGAUGUCAUUGACAAUUAGUUCUUGUCAAGGAGUGACAGAUGUGAGCCUUGAAGCCAUAGGAAAAGGAUGUAAAAGCUUGAAGCAGAUGUGCCUUCGUAACUGCAGUUUCAUAACCGAUUAUGGACUUGAAGCCUUUUCCAAGGCUGCAAGAUCACUCGAGGGCCUUCAAUUGGAGGAGUGCAACAGAAUCACUGUUUCGGGUAUUAUUGGUUCGUUGACAAAACAUGAAGCGAACCUGAAAUCUCUAGUCCUUGUUAAGUGCUCAGGAAUCAAGGAUACAGCUCUGCAACUUCCCCUGGUCUCUCCCGUCCUAUCUCUUCGAUCGCUGUCGAUACGCAAUUGCACAGGUUUUGGUGCUUCAAGCCUCGCCAUGGUUGGGAGGCAGUUCCCUCAUCUUCAGCACCUUGACCUCGUGGGGCUCUAUGGUUUAACAGAUGCAGCGCUGCUUCCUCUGUUGAAGAGCUGUAAAGGGCUUGUCAAGGUGAAUCUCAGUGGCUGCUUGAAUUUAACCGACAAAUCGGUUCUCGCCUUGGCUAAACACCAUGGAGGAACCCUUCAGCUGCUUAAUCUUGAUGGGUGCAGGAAGAUCACUGAUGAGAGCUUAAUGACAGUAGCAGACAACUCACUAGUCCUCAAUGAACUAGAUGUUUCCAAUUGUGCAGUUUCUGAUGUCGGGCUUGCUGCGCUCGCUCGUGCCAAGCUGAUCAAUCUUCUAAUCCUCUCAUUGUCAGGCUGCAGUGGGAUAUCAAGUAAAAGCUUGCCUUUUCUUGAGAGAUUGGGAAAAACACUGGUGGGUUUGAAUCUCAAACACUGCAACUCAAUCAGCAGCAGCUCAAUUGAGAUGCUUGUAGAGAACUUGUGGAGAUGUGACAUCCUUGUAUAAACAAAGGACCAAACGGAUUUCAUCUGAAUUCAUGCAAAAUAAAAGUAAUGGCACUUGACAGCUUGGUUGUUGUCUAUGGAACAAUAUUUUACACAAAAGCUUGGUUUUUCCAUCUUGGCUUGUACUGAUGAACAUGAACCGAUUCCUAGUCAAUUAUGUAGCCAAAAAGGUCAAGCUCUGUUCUUGGCUUCAACCCUUGUCUGGACUCUGGGUUUGGACUAGCGGUUUCAUUACAACUCUGUAAACUGUUCUUUCUUUUGUCGGAAACAUAGUUUUUUUUUUG